CGAGGUUAUGUAGGUUAGUCAAGCUGAUCGAUUGUCAACAAAAGAGUUUACUAUACACUAAUACUAUGAUCGUUGUUAUACCUGAAAACGAUUUAAAUGUUUAAUAAUCGUAUUACGACGUUACAAACCCUCUCGGGAAUGAAAAGUAUUGAAUUUAUCGCAUUUACUUUCGGUUUCGUUUUUACAAAAUGGAAUUUGAUAGCAAGGUUUACUUAGUUAUUUUUGUCCUAUGUCGUAUUACGUGCACGAUAUCAGAUAAGGCAGUCACUAGCGACCAAACGUGUUCAACUGAUGGGGAAUGCACGGAGAAAACAGACAUGUAUUCACGCAUAGUUCCGACGGAGCUACCUGCGGAGACGCAGGAAGUUUUGCACACGAUCGCCACUCUGGAAAUGUACAGAGCUCAGAGAGAAGUUGCCAACUACCUGGAACUCGCGUAUCUACAGCUUGCUGACCACCCGGAACAAGCAAAAGAGGUCCGCCUCACGGCACACUCCGCUCGAACUCAGCACCUGAUGACGUCAGGGUUGAUGAAGAAGUUCACAGUAACAGCAGCCCAUAUUGUCAAUACCAUGAUACCCAUGAUCCUCGACGCUGUAGUUGAGCUCCAGAGUGCAGCAGUUGUAAAACAAAUAUUUGGUCAGAUCAUUAAAAUAGCAGAAGAAAUGAAAACGGAGACCGAGACUACUCAGCAACGAUAUAUGGAAAUUCAAACCGAAGUUCAGAAGAAUAUGGCCAGUGUUACCAGUAGGAAUAAAGAGGUAGUUAGCGAGAAGGAAAGAAUCCGUGUAGAAAUGGAACGUGAAAAACAACUGGCUAAAGCGGCUAAACUGGUUCAGGUGGAACUGGAUGAAGAAAAACAGAUAAUGGAGGAAGAGUUGACGGUUCUAAAGUCAAACAGAGAUAAGUGGAUGGAACAAGCAGGAAUGGCUGGCAAAAUGAUGAGAGAGGAAAAGACAGUGUUUGAUUCCGUUCUGUCACCAGGCGCGGCACUUGGCGGGGGUAUUGGCGGGGCAGCAAUGGGUUUUAUUUCCACAGGCGUCAAUCUGUUUGCUGGAUUGUUUCGUUCAGAUAAACGUCAGAAACACUUUGAAAAACUGAUGGAUGCAUAUAGAGAGAGCCAGAAUGCUGUGGAACGUGUUAUGGGUCAAAAACGAGAUGUAAUUGGUCGAAUGCAUGAACAACGUAAGGAAGCCCUGGAACGAUUAGCAACGCUGAAGAAACUUGGAAUGGAAACCGCAAAUCUGGGAAACGUGGAAAGUUUGAGAGAAGCGCAUGCGCAGCUUGGAAAUGUUGACAGACAAUUCACACGAAUAAUCGAAUUCUGGUCCAAUAUGGCGGCUGCCCUGAAAGCUUUGCGGGACGAAUCAACUUCUGGUAGUGUUUACCUUUCCCAAAUAGAGAAUCCUAAACAUGCGGAGAGAUUUAAAGCGUCUAUUGGCCGAGCUGAAAAGGGUUGGAAGUUUUUUGGACGUAUCUGCAGUGAUUACGUACAAGAGAGUGACACGGAAAUCUACACGCUAUAUAACUUCCUGUCGGCUCCAAUAGACAGCAUGGCAGCCAGCGAACGCUCAAAACGACAACAGGAAGUGUUGCUUGAAAUUGAAGCUGAUAUAGAAAACACAUAUCCUAAAUAGAAUUAUCGAGAUUCAGAAGACAUUUGUUACAGUUUAUUUCGGAAUGGUGUAAUUUUCAGGAAUGUGAAGUAUUUGAUUAAGCAAACAGUAUGAUUCGGGACAGCCAACGAUUCAGGCAUACAAUAUCGAACUCAUGAAUACGCGGGUAGCGGAAUGGAGCGGGUUUCCAUAAUUUCUUACUGUACCUGUUAUUAGUCCCAAGAAACAAUCAUCAGACUUAGCAUUUUCUCUAUAAAGGAGCUAUAAAUGUUUUCUUGAUGUAUUGUAUGUGUUCAUCAUAAAAACACCAUUAACAUUACUCCUAUCAGGAUAAAUAGUAGGGACCUGUUCCAAAAGAACUUCUGAUUAAUACGUUAAAGUACUUUUUUUUCAACCAAACUAUACACCUAUUUGAUAGUCACACCGAAUUGCUGUAAUUAUGUAAAAGAGAGUUGCCGAGAAAUAUAUACUCUUGACAACCGCAUGUCAGCUCCAAUAAAUUGAAUCCACAGAAGGAAAACAGGAAGUGUUGACUGUUGGACGUCUGUCGUCGGUCCGUCAAGUACGUCCAUGAUUGUGUUUGUUUAUUCUCAAGCAUCCACUUUUUAAAAACAAAUUUAAUCUAACUUUGACACAAUUUAUAGGUCAGUAAGUUUUCGGUGAAAUUCAGUUAUAGUUUAAAUAAGAUCAUUCGGAUAAGCGUUAUCAGCCACUGCCAUAUCUAAACAAGUUUAAAACUCUAGCACUUUCGUUUAUUCAUCAUUCUAAUCAUAUUUAGUUGGGGUGUAAGUAUUGGAUAACAACACACAUCUCCAUUAUUUCACAUAUCCGAAAUAGAAUGAUCGGGUUUUAAGGGUUACCUUUUUGUUACUCUUACGAUUAAAUGAGAUUACGUCAGA